UUCAAUUCAUUCACCUUCCUUCUCUUCCCUCACUCUUUCUUUAUAUUUAAACCUCUUCCUCUCUCUCCUUAUCACACAAAACAUAUCUCUCAACGACCAAGAUUGAGAGAGAAUUAAAAAAAACAAGACACAGAUCAUCAAUCUUCAAACUCGAGUUUCUCCCAAGUGUUAAAAAACUAAACCAUCAUGUCUUGUUCCGUCGCCGUCUGCAACUCCCCAGUGUUCUCCCCUUCGUCCUCUCUUUUCUGCAACAAAUCUUCUAUACUCUCUUCCCCUCAAGAAACAAUCUCUCUCACUCUCUCUCAUCUCAAACCCACCGCUUCCUCUCCCUCCUCCUCUCCUUCCGCCGCCGCCUCCCCUAAAUCUCCCUUCCGUCUCCGUUUCCAAAAACCACCGACCGGAUUCGCUCCCGCGCCGUUAGUGUUGGGAUCAGACUCCGUCUCCACCGGUCAAUCCCCUUCCGCUUUGAAGAGGAAACGACCAACAAAGCUAGAUAUACCCAUCGGCACCGCCGGUUUCUCAUCUCCGGCGUCGGAGGAAAGCAGAGAGGUGGAGAGGGAAGGCGACGGUUACUCUAUUUACUGCAAGAGAGGAAGGAGAGAAGCUAUGGAGGAUCGUUUCUCCGCUACGACCAGUCUCCAGGGAGAUCGCAAGCACGCGAUGUUCGGAGUUUACGACGGCCACGGAGGAGUCAAAGCGGCGGAGUUCGCCGCCAAGAACUUGGAUAAAAACGUUUUGGUGGAGGUGGCUGGUGAGAGAGACGAGUGUGAGAUAGCAAACGCGGUGAAACGCGGUUAUUUAGCCACAGACGCUGCGUUUCUUGACGGGGAAGACGUUAAAGGCGGUUCCUGCUGCGUCACGGCUAUGGUUAGGGACGGGAACCUCUUUGUGUCCAAUGCUGGUGAUUGUCGCGCUGUGAUGAGCGUAGGAGGCGUCGCGGAGGCUCUUUCUUCCGACCAUAGGCCGUCUAGAGACGAUGAACGGGAAAGAAUCGAAACCACGGGUGGAUAUGUGGAUACGUUUAACGGUGUUUGGAGAAUCCAAGGCUCUUUAGCUGUGUCAAGAGGGAUCGGUGAUGCUCAUCUCAAGAAAUGGGUUAUAGCCGAACCGGAGACAAAGAUGUUGAGAAUCGAUGAGGAACAUGAGUUCUUGAUCUUGGCAUCGGAUGGUCUAUGGGACAAAGUGAGUAACCAAGAAGCGGUGGACAUUGCUCGUCCCUUUUGUGUAGGAACCGAGGUGAAGCCAUUGUUGUUAGCCUGUAAGAAGCUGGUCAAUCUAUCGGCUUCACGAGGCUCAUCGGAUGAUGUUAGUGUGAUGUUGAUCCCUUUGCGUCAGUUCAUCUAGAAAGAGAGGGAGAGAUUCUUGGAGGGCUUCCUUUGAUUUAGCUUUUAUUUAGAAUUUCAAUAAUUCAUUUAUUUAUUCUUUCUAACUUAGUUAUGAGCUCCAUGUGGCCGAUGUACUUGUAUGGAUUGAGCACUGGUCGGAUUUAAUCUAAUUAUCAGUUAAGUUAUUAUUAUUUUCUAUACAUUUCAACACACAAGUGAGACUUUGUUGCUAAAUAGAAGAGAAUUGACCAACCUGAGAACAAAACUGCAUUGUGUAGUUGUAUUUUUUUCUUUCACUAGAUAAGGUGUGUAA